AAAGUGUUUGUUGAAGAAUUAUUGUGAAAAAGAGAAGUUGGAAUAACAAGAAAAUAAACAUGGUUUAUCUCGAACAGGAUCCUGCCAGCCUUGUUGAUAUUUCCAGCAGCUGGGCUGGCGGCCGGAAAUUACCAGUUAACGGGAUGACUGGUGGGAUGAAUGGAAACGGUGAGACUGGGAUGAAUGGUUCUAGUGCUGUACUGGAGAAAGGAAGCUGGACUGUCGGACUCAUAAAUUCAAGACACAAAUACUUAUCUGCUGAAACCUUCGGAUUUCGUGUGAACGCAAACGGUUCAUCUCUCAAGAAAAAACAGGUCUGGAUUCUGGAACCAUAUGGAGAUGGAGACUCAAUCUGUCUCAGAUCUCACCUGAACAAGUAUCUAGCUGUCGAUCAGUUCGGAAAUGUUACGUGUGAAAAUGAAGAAAAAGACUCCACAGCAAAAUUCGAGGUAUCAGUCUGCGAUGAUUUUUCUGGUAGAUGGGCCUUCAGAUCUCUAUCUCGAGGAUAUUUCCUGGGAGCCUCUCAGGACAAUCUUAUCUGUCAAGCCAAAUCUCCAGGCGAUGCCGAACUUUGGUUUGUUCAUCUAGCUGCAAGACCACAGGUUAACCUACGAUCUGUUGGCAGAAAGAGGUUUGCUCGGCUUUCCGACGAGAAAACAGAAAUCCAAGUGGAAGAAAAUGUGCCCUGGGGAGAGGAUACACUUUUCACUCUGGAAUUCAGGGAAGAAUCCAACAAGUAUGCUGUACACACGUGCAAUAACAUGUACUUAAGCAAGGACGGUACACUGCAGGCUAGCCUAUCAAAGGAUUGUCUGUUUGCUUGUGAGUAUCAUGGUGGGUAUAUUGCACUACGGGAUGAGCAGGGUUUGUACAUAUCUCCUAUUGGAUCAAGAGCUGUACUCAAAACAAGAUCUAACAUGGUCACUAAGGAUGAAUUGUUUUCCCUGGAGGAUUCCCUGCCACAAGCCAGCUUUGUUGCAGCAGCAAACUCCAGGUUCGUAUCUGUAAAACAGGGGGUUGAUGUAACAGCGAACCAGGAGGAGAUUUCAGAUCAUGAAACCUUCCAGCUUGAGUUUGAACCUGUCUCAGGCUCAUGGUAUAUCAGAACCAUGCAGAUUUUAACAUGUUUAGAUAAAUAUCUUGGAACUAAGAAGUCUGGUCACCUGUACGCUAACUGUGAGAAGAUUGAGGACAAUGCUAGAUUCUUCUUCUAUUUAAUUAACAGACCUAUCCUGGUUCUGAAGAGUGAUCAAGGAUUUGUCGGAUAUAAGAGUGGGAGUGUCAAGCUGGAGUGCAACAAGGCCACUUAUGAAACUAUUCAGGUGGAGAGAGGAGAACUUGGCCUGGUUCAUUUCAAGGGUCAGAACGGGAAGUACUGGAUGGUUCGAGAUGGAGGAAUAUUUGCAGAUUCUGAUCUUCCACAGGGAUUCUACCUAGAGCUUAGAGAACCUACCAGGAUGUGCAUAAAAACAGCUGGAGGAGAAUACAUUACAUCGAAGAAAAAUGGAGGCUUCGCAGCAGAAUCGGAGGACGCAGAAAUGGCCUCCAGAUGGGAAUAUUAAAAAAUAUUACCUUCGGAUGGGAAUUAAAAAAAUAUCGCCACAAAAUGGGAAUAUUUAAAAAUAUCGCC